AAGACGAUAAAAUGGCAGAACUUCAAGUCGGAGCCAGCUCAUGGCGCCGCAUCGAGGUCGGACGCGUCCUGAAGCUUGAGACGGGCAGCCUGGCUGUCAUCGUCGAGAUUAUCGACCACAAGCGCGCACUUGUCGAUGGACCUUCUGCAGACCCCAGACUCGCCACCGCCCGCAGCGAGGUCUCUUUCGCCAACACCCUUCUCACACCCCUCUUCAUCGAGAAGCUUCCCCGCGGCGCGCGGUCUGGAGCCGUCAAGAAGGCUUGGGAGAAGUCGGAGAUCGACGCGAAGUGGAAGGAGACCAACUGGGCGAAGAAGCAGGUCAAGCAGGAGCGCCGCCAGGCGCUCUCCGACUUCGAUCGGUUCAAGGUUAUGCGGUUGAAGAAGCAGAGACGGUUCGAGGAGCACAAGGCUCUGGUCAAGGUCAAGGCCACCAAGGCAUAAAGCUCGCAAGGCUUGUGAAGGGAGAGAAGAACGUUGGGUGGGCAUGGAUCCUGGGGAGGGUAUUCUGGAACGGUCUGCAUGAACCUCAGCAUUAGGGUUGCUGGAUUCUCCUUUGCGUCGCUUUCGGAAGAUCUGUAUGUCACAUUCGUCAAGGUGACCGGCGUCAUAUGGAAAAUGCGAAAUUAAGCUAAAACAAAUGACCCCCCAUUCUGACCUACGAAUCAUUUGCCCAUUUGAUUCGGCCGCCGGAGUGAACACGGCGUCAUGCCCAGCCCACUCCGUAUCCUAGAGCGUAGUGCAGUACAUAAUGAAUACCAAAUGCGAGCAAAAUAAGCCGCAUAUGCAGCUCAGGAAGCUCUGUUAUGUGUAUCUAUUGAGUUUGCCCCAAGGGUUGAUUGUAUGGAUAUCUGUU